CUAUUUUCUUUUAAUAUUGCUUUUCUUGGUGCAAAAACAAAGUUUCUUAUUAAGCCAAAAAAUGAUACCAAAAAAAAAUCCAAAAAUAAGUCUUCAGCAACACUGUUGCUGGAAAUGUUCCCUGGGCCUUUGCACAGGCAACCAUGGUGAAGAAAGUGGCCAUCAUUGGAGCUGGCAUCAGUGGCUUGGCAUCCAUCAGGAGCUGCCUGGAAGAGGGGCUGGAGCCCACCUGCUUUGAGAAGGGCGAAGACAUCGGGGGCCUGUGGAAAUUCUCGGACCAUGCCGAGGAAGGCAGGGCCAGCAUUUAUUGGUCAGUCUUUACCAACUCUUCCAAAGAGAUGACAUGUUUUCCAGACUUCCCUUUUCCUGAUGACUUUCCCAACUUUAUGCAUAACAGUAAGCUCCAGGAAUACAUCACUGCGUUUGCCAAAGAAAAGAACCUCCUGAGAUACAUUCAACUUAAGACACUUGUAUCCAGUGUAAAUAAACGUCCCGAUUUCUCAGUCACUGGCCAAUGGGACGUUACCACUGAAAAGGAUGGUAAAAAAGAAUCAGCUAUCUUUGAUGCUGUAAUGAUUUGUUCUGGACAUCAUGUGUACCCCCACCUACCAAAAGAGUCCUUUCCAGGUCUACAACUUUUUAAAGGCAAAUGCUUCCACAGCUGGGACUAUAAAGAACCAGGAAAAUUCAAGGGGAAGCGAGUCCUGGUGAUUGGCCUGGGGAAUUCGGGCUGUGAUAUUGCCUCAGAACUCAGCCACACAGCUGAACAGGUCAUCGUCAGCUCCAGAAGUGGCUCCUGGGUGAUGAGCCGGGUCUGGCAUGGUGGCUAUCCAUGGGACAUGAUGUUUAUCACUCGAUUUGAAACCUUCCUCAAGAACAACUUACCAACAGUCAUAUCUGACUGGUGGUACGUGAAGCAAAUGAAUGCAAGAUUCAAGCAUGAGAACUAUGGCUUGAUGCCUUUAAAUGGCACCCUGAGGAAAGAGCCCGUGUUCAAUGAUGAGCUCCCAGCUCGCAUUCUAUGUGGCACUGUGACCGUUAAGCCAAAUGUGAAGGAGUUUACAGAGACUUCGGCCAUUUUUGAGGAUGGGACAGUGUUUGAGGCCAUUGACUGUGUCAUCUUUGCAACAGGCUAUAGUUAUGCCUACCCCUUCAUUGAUGACUCCAUCAUUAAGAGCAGAGACAAUGAGGUCACCUUAUUUAAAGGCAUCUUCCCGCCUCCACUGGAGAAGCCAACCAUGGCAGUGAUUGGCCUUGUCCAGUCCCUUGGAGCUGUCAUCCCCACAGCUGACCUGCAGUCUCGCUGGGCAGUACAAGUAAUAAAGGGAACUUGCACUUUGCCUUCUGUCAAGGACAUGAUGAAUGAUAUUGAUGAAAAAAUGGGGAAAAAGCUCAAAUGGUUUGGCAAAAGCGAUACCAUACAGACGGAUUAUAUCGUUUAUAUGGAUGAACUUGCCUCCUUCAUUGGGGCAAAGCCCAGCAUCCUAUGGCUGUUUCUCACAGAUCCAAAGUUGGCCUUGGAGGUUUACUUUGGCCCUUGCAGCCCAUAUCAGUUUAGGCUGGUGGGCCCGGGGAAGUGGCCAGGAGCCAGAAAUGCCAUCCUGACCCAGUGGGACCGGAUAUUGAAACCCACGACGACAAGAAUUGUUGGGAGUCCUCUGAAGCCUUGCUUAUUUUGCAGUUGGUUCAGGCCCAUUCUUAUUUCUGUUCUGUCAAUUGCUGCUUUCCUUGUGUUGUUCUAAUCAUCAUUCCAUCUAGUAUUCUGAAAGUUACUAACACUAGCUGGGAAGAAACUUUGCUAUUUAAAAAUUAGGAAUUUCACACCUCCUACUUUCCUAUUUAGCAGGCGUUAGUCAGUAAGACAGUACUAUUUCUAGGCUUUUAAAUAAGCCCCUGUAAGAAUCAUGUCAUGAUCUAAAGAGCAUUAAUCAAUUCUCUUCAGUUUCCACUAACAUUUCAUAAUUCCAUAACAUUUCCAUAACAUUUCAUAAUUAGAUAUAUGCUCUUUAUCUCUAACCUAAAUCAUCUCCUGAAACAUUUGACAUGAUUCCUUUUCUCCUUAAACAAUGUUUUAAAUAUGUAUUUCAAAUCUAAACAAAGAGCAGAUUAAGCAGAGUAGUUGUAAUAUGAUAGUCCCAGCCUACUUCUACAAACAAUUUGCAGGAUCAAGGGGAGAAUUUGGCUAUUAUAUUCUAUUUCUGUCCUCCAGGUGAUUCCUCUUGUCCCCUGGCCAAGAAACAUAGCAUGAAGACCCCAUUUAUAAUGGAAGUUAGCAAGAAGUAACUCAUUUUAUUUAGAUUCUCAAUAAGGAACCAACUUUCCAACAUGUAGCAGCAAAAUAAUGACAACAAUAACAAUAAUAAUGAGUAGAGCACCAAAUCUACCUUUUAACUGAAUGGACAGUCUUUUAAAAAAUUAAAUAUUUAGCCAAAGCUAUGACCCAAGCCUAAUAAAACCUGAUAUGGAUCAUAUAAAAUUAUAUUGUCCCCUUAUAGAAUGGGGUGCCAGAAUAAAUCUAAAAUUUUAUUUUUUAAAGUAUUAUUACAUGUUACAAUUAAAUUUUGAUAGUUCAAGAUUUUCCAGUUUGACAUUAUGGAGCAGAUAAAAUAAUCCGUCAGCAUCACCAGCCACCAGAGGGCUCUGCAUGUUGUUAAACUCCAUACUUCUUACUACACCUUCAUUUCUUUUUUUUUUUCCAAACAAACUUUAUUAAAAAAAAAAAUCUUGUGCUAUACUUGGUUAUAAAGGGACAGUCUCAAAUUUGGGGGGAAAUACCAUUUUAUCUUUCUUAUUUAUUAUUCCUUUCUCUCUUAUGCUUCUUUAGACAAAAUACUCCCUACAAAAUCCUGGAAUCCAUACUCCUUAUGAAAUACUCCUUACAAAAUUUCUAACUGAAGCCAUUAGAGCAACAAGAGGAGGAGGAGAUCACAUUUUUCUCUAACACUUUCUUCUUUUCUUUUUUUUUUUUAAAUUCUCUUGAUAUUUUAAUCUUUGGAGCUAAGAUUUAUUAUGGAUGUUGUUGUACACAACUUUAAAUCGUUCCCUUUUCCUAAUUGUUAAAGGUAGCAAAAUAAUAUUCUGCUUUUAAGGUCUUCUCACAAGACGUGAAGUAUUCCCAAAUAUUCCCAAGUGAAACAGAACUUUUCUUAAAACCCUGUGGCCUAAAUGGAAUCAAGUAAACAAAUUAAAUACAGCACAUAAAAUUUAUUUUGUUUCAUGUUAUAAAUGCUAGUAUGCAAAAUAAAUUGAAGAUUAAAAUUGAUAUGAUACAGUUUCUUUUAUUCUUCCUCAUAUGAUUCUUUAAGUUUUUUUUUUUUUUUGCAUUAUGCGGGCCUCUCACUGUUGUGGCCUCUCCCCUUGCGGAGCACAGGCUCUGGACGCGCAGGCUCAGCGGCCAUGGCUCACGGGCCCAGCCGCUCCGCGGCACGUGGGAUCCUCCCGGACCGGGGCACGAACCCGUGUCCCCUGCAUCGGCAGGCGGACUCUCAACCACUGCGCCACCAGGGAAGCCCUGAUUCUUUAAGUUUUUGUAAACAUAAUUGGCUCAUUAAUAUUCUUCCUAAACUAUUGUAGCCAACAUACUCUCUUAAUAGUCCUAUUAACAUCUAUCUAUUCCUAUACUAAACUGAACUAUUAUCAAUGUCUCAAUUACUUUGGUAUAUAACAGUAAUUCUCAAUCAUUCAAUUCCACAUGUUACUCUGAUAAGACUAAAUAUGUGUGUGUGUGUGUGUGUGUAUUUCAACUGACACACAAUUUGAACAUAUGAAGCACAAAAGAUUUUUUUCACUCCCAGUUUCAUCUAGAAAUUCUUACCAGUUCUUAAAAGUGCAUAGUCAGAUAUUAAAAAUAAAAGCAAAUAAAAUUUUUUUUGUACAGCUCUCAUAGCUAUGCUGAUUAGAUAUGAAGCUGACCUGCAGGAUCAUAGGAUUAUUGGCCACACCCACUUUCCGCAAUGGGAGGAAGGACCUUGAAAUGGAUUUCGGCAAUUCAGCCAUUCAGAGGUUUCCAGCUUCUGAAGCCAAGUAGCAGUUUUUAGCCAAAUACUGAGAGUAAAGUCAAUCUUCAGUGUAUUUACCUACCAAUCUUCUUCACUUCCUCUUUUCCUUCCUGUCUUCUUCCUCUUUAUCUUUCUCUUCUUUCUUCUCUGUUACUAUUCUUACUUCUUUUUUUCUUUCUCUAACUUCUUCAUCUUCCCUCUUCCCCUUCCUUCUUCCUUUUUCCUUUUCCUUCAGCAGAAAUGAUUGGAGGCAUGAGUAUUCACUUUGAAGGGCUCUUGGAUCUUCUGGGAUGGUGUCCCACAUGCUAACCCCAAACUGCCUUCCAAAAAGUGAGCAUGCUCCCCUAGACACAACCAUGCUACAUGCUGUGAUGAAGAUGAAGAUGCUGAGUUAGAUAUGGUCCCUGUCUUCAGUCAGGUACAGUCUAGUAUGUAACAGAGAACUGAAAAAAAUAUAUAUAUAACUUUGCCUUGAGCAAGCAAAAACUUCUAAUUUUUUGUAGAAAUCCAGCCUCUGUGUUCUCAGUUGCCCAAGAUUUUCAGAAAUUGCUAGCAUCUGCUAUAAUGUUAAAUUAAAGUAUUGAAGCUUAAUUAAUAUUCAGAAUAACCCUUUAACACAGGUCUUAUCACCAGGGCG